AUAUGGCGACCAAAAUCCAAGCAGCUGAAUUACUCAUCAGAAAGUCUGCUCACCUUAAAAACAACCACCAACCAGUCACGACCAUAUCUGCUAUGGCCAAAUAUUAUGCAUCAGAGAUCUGCGUGCAAAUAGCAACAGAUGCCAUCCAAAUAUUCGGCGGAUACGGUUAUACCAAAGACUUCCCCGUAGAGAAGUUCUUUAGAGACUCUAAGCUCUGCACGAUCGGAGAAGGCACAUCAGAGAUUCAGAAA